GCUUCUCGCUGCCGGGCCGUCUUCCUUCUUGCUCGGAGGCGGGUCACGAAAGAACAGGUGAGCCGGAUCGCCAAGCGACGCUCGCACAACGGGGGUGGAGACGCCUCGCCUGAUCGAUCGGUUUGCUUGCCUGGGCAAGUGUGCUAAAUCUUACCACUAGAAGUGUGGAGUAGAGAGACAUCACGCGGCUUCUUUCUCUUUUCGCGAUACGGUACGCAAGCCGAAAUGGGCGGCGUCGUUUGGUCGGUGGCCCCGGCCACGCGCCAGUUCAACAGGGCGCGGAGACAUGAAAAUCCUUCGGCCAGCAUCGAGGACACGAUUCCCAGCCUACCUCCCUUACCGCCCGGCUUCGGGAAGCCACUGCUGAAGCACUACAGUUUCAAGCCGGGGUACCGCAACCUGAACCACGGGAGCUGGGGCGCCGUUCCCGUGGCGGUGCAGGAAGCGACCGCAGCAAAUACCGACAUGAAAAGUGCCCCGACGCAAGACCGCGAACACCGUUUGCAUACAAAACUUAUCCACUCUGUUGAGCAUCACGGUCGGUUAAGCAUCACACAACUUUGUAUAGUGGGAUGGGUAUUUCUCUGCCACCUUGCAUGUAAGUAUGUAUCACCAGGAAGGUCUAGAGCACACAUCUAUCAAUCUCGUUGCAGGAGAGUUUGUCUUAAAGACCCAGCGACAGUGGGGCGACCGUCAUGUGACACGUGCCUUGCGCGGCGCUUCCUGCAAAUCCAAAACUCGUCACUUCGACACUGUGAAUUAUCAGAAAUGUUUUCCAUUUCCAGGGGAGGGACACUUUUGAACAGGAUCGCAAAGCGGGCUUUGAUGGAAGCCGACCCGGAGAGUGUGUUUCGCUAUCCCUUCGACGCGGACCCGAGCGGGACGAUGGACGCCCGUUCUAGUAAACCACCUUGGUCUAGCAAUACGUACGCAGCGACGAAAAGCAGUUGUGAUCUGCACGGAGCGGGAGACUCCUCCGUGCCCAUGCAUGACAGUCACGUGGAACCGCUGGACCCGAAUCACAUUUCCGUGUGGAUGCGGGAGGGCCUGGAGGCCUUCGCGUCGGUUGUUGGUCUUACCCGAGCGGGAAAACUUACCAUAGAAUCGUUUGAUGCAAAACGCAAAACGCGCAGAAAGACCUCUUAUAACGGGUGAGUAGAUGACCGCGGCAGGCUGGUCCUGGUAUGUUGCCAGACUAUUCGUUUCUACAUGUUAUGAUACAGACUACUUGCAUCAAAUAUAUACGAAGCAGUUUUCUUCCACCGCAUAGGCGUGGAGGAUCCGGCGGACCGGAAGAAUGCCGUGCUGGUGCCUAACGCGACGUACGCCGCUAACUGCGUGAUUCAAUCAGUGGUACAGUCUCGGGACCACGCCGUUCUGUACUUCGACGUGAUUUACGGAAGCCUCUUGGAAAUUUUCCAGUCCGUCGUGCCCGACGUGGCAGGCCGACACUUUGUCGUGCCGAUUCGCAAAGUGCUGCUCGAGGACGUGCGUGCCCGCCGCGGGUUGUGCGGAACGGGAACCGCAGCUCGUACAAGAACAACUCCGGGGAUUUGUUUUCAUCGUCAAGAAGACACCAACUUCUCCUCGUCUUGCUCCGGAAUCACGACGGCGCACCACGACGAGAUAAUAUCAACCGACGCCACAAAUUACGAGCAACAACCUCCUGCGCAAGCGGAUCGCAUGUCAAAGCGUCCGGGAGGUGAGAAAGAUUUUACGGAACAAGUGCAGAUCGUACCCUUGCGGUCCAGAAUUCUCGCUGCGGUGAGGGAAACGCUGCAGAUGGCAGAAAAGCAGAAGAAGAAGAUUCGUCUGGCCAGUUUCGACCACAUCUCCUGCAUCCCAGCGAUCAGGUUUCCCGUGGAAGAGGUCGUGCAGCUUUGCAAAAUAUCAAAUGGAGAUUAAAUGAUGUCGGGGCCUGGAAAGUUGUGAUGCUGACUUGUGCAUGAUGCUGAAAUAAACACUUCGGAAUGCAGCUAAGCAUCACAAGUUUGCGAGAACGAUUUCAUCUCAUACGCUGCAUGAGAAGCUGCGUUUUUGUACCUAAAUGACAAAACACGGCGCGGCUGAUGUUGGUCAUACAAUACAGAUUGCACAAGCACAAGAAUCUAACACCAGCACUACAAGUUCCAACUUUGUUCCAGAACCAAGCUGCAUAUAAUUUACGAAUGCAUACAAAACGGAGUUUCGGCACGUUGUCGACUACGUACAGAUAGACGGCGCGCACGCGCCCGGACAGAUUCCGGAUCUGGACGUGCGUAAAAUCAAUGCGGAUUUUUACUUCGGCAACGCGCACAAGUGGCUCAGUGGCGCGCGGUCCUGUGCGCUGCUCUAUGUGAAAAACCCGAUCAUUUAUUUUCCUCCAGAAGCUGAUGCUAUACAAGCAGAUGGAGAGCACCAUCUCAACGUUCACAGAGAUCAUCCACCGCGGCAAGAACUACAUCUUCAGAGUAAAGGAAAAGACGGCGUUCUUUUGACGGGAAAAAAUCCAUCGGAAAUUCUUGGCGAGGAAGUACCUUCCCGAUCGGACCGCAAGCCGCGCCUCCUCGUCCGCGACGUCUUGGUUGCGGAUAGCAUCCCUUCCCCCGCGUUUGAUUCGGCUCUGCAAAAGGAGUUUUCGUGGCGCGGCACCUCCGACCCGGCAGCGUACUACGGCGUGAAGGCGGGCGUGGACUACCGGCGAAACGUGCUCCAGAAAACCGAAAGGGAGAUCUGCGCGUACCAACACGCGCUGGCGCUUCGCGGAUCGGCGAUCUUGAAGCGAGCCUGGAAAUCGGAAACCAUGCCGGCAAAUCUCGUUGGGGAAGGAAGGGGUCUUCUACAAGUACCUGGAGCUAGUACACAGAACAAAACCGGGAAAGGGGAGAUCUUCGGUACAUAUUCUUCGCAGCCCAAGCCAUCCUCCAGCUGCCUACAACAUGACCUUUUCGAUGCAGUCCCGGCAGCACGGGAGGACGAAGUUCAUUGGGACGUCGAGACGACCGAGAGGGAGUUCGUGCUGGUGAGUGAACACCAAGUCGAGAAAAUGAACAUCACGCGGGAGAGCUGUAAAGACGUGGCGAACAGCCAGCGCACAGAUUCCUGUGGUGAAGAUGGUGUUGUUGUUGGCCGCGGUGAAGUAGAUGUUGUGGUUGGCCGCGGCGCAUCAACUACUGCUCCCUGCGCGGGACUACAUCAGGUUCUUAGCACCUCCGAGGAUGAAAACGACUCGGACCUCCUCGGCUGUCUGUUCAAUGUGCGGCUUCCGUAUUCGCGCAAGCUAUUUUUCCCGCACCGGAAAAUAAUGAAUGCAAAUGCUGAGAGCAAAAAUAAACGACCUGGAACGACCUCAGCGGAAGUAGAAGUCGUCAGCAGUUGUGCACAAGACGAGGACUUUAUCGACCCUGCGGCGUACCACCUGGGAACACGGCUGCGUACCGAAUACAGCACCUGGGUACCGUACACGAAAUUGCAGGGGUUGGACGGACAGAUGGAGUUUUGGGCGAGGAUUUCUGCUGCCAUGUACACAGACGAAGCGGACUUUCACUACUUAGCAAACGCGGUGCUGGAAAUUCUCGAGCUGAAAUGAUGAGUAACCUCAGUUACGACGUCUUACAAAACAUUUUCUUUUCCAUACUUGCUUCUGCAAAUAUUUGAAAAGAGGUCGG